AUGAAUCGCGAGCAGAUUGCCCGCCGCAUCGACCUCGUCGGUCCCUCCACCGGCGCCAUCGUCGGCGUCGCCACGUGGUGUGCCCUGCACGGCGCCGAGGCGGAAGCCAUUCUGAACUACGUAGCGGAGAAGAUGAAGCACAGAAAUACAAGUGACGCGCAGCGGGCCUCACUGGUGUAUGUGAUUCACGAACUGCUGCUGAGUUGCGCUACCCGCGGUGUCUCAGAGAACGCAAAGCGCUCCAUCCUAAAGGCCGUGAGUCUCACCCUGCCAAGCGCGGUGAAGGACACGCUGCGGCAGAGAGCAAGCGAUCACACGGCUUUCCUGAUCGCCUUGCAGAAAGCAUCGGAGUGGUGGGGUAUGCUGAACCUGUUCCCGGCGGCCUGGCUGACAAAGCUGCAGUGCACCGUUCAGGAUGGGCAAGAGAACACCGGUCACCGCACUACCGUCCCCUCUGCCUUGGUGCAGGUUGCCAACCUCCUCCAGCGCUACCAGCAUGCAAAGGAGCAGUGGGUGCAGAACAGGAGCAUCAAAGCAGAAGAGGGGCACACUGGCAGCGGGGUUGCGAGUGGCCAAGACACCGCAGCGCCGCUGGCAGGCGGGGGUGCGGGCGCUAGCAGUGCCGUUGUGGACGAUGCGGCAAGGCGAUGCCUCAUCGCCUUGAGGAAAGCCGUGGAGGGUCGCUUUGAGAGAAACGCGGCAUUACUAGCGUGGUGCGAAGCAGAGCGUGCCGAACUUGAGGGUCGCACCACCACCUCAAGCGCCGGCGGUGGUGUAGUGAAGAUGGCGCACAGCACCUCGCCUCAUGUGCCGACUCACGGCGGGGCAAGUAGCAGCUAUACAGUAAAGGAGGAAGGCGGCCACGGUGGUGGCCCGUCGGGAGAGGCCAAUGACGACGAUGAUGUGCUUGGCUCCUUCUUCUCCUGA